AUGAAUAAAGAAUAAGAUGAUCAAGAAAGAUAACCAAUAUUAAUUGAAAAAGAUUCUUAAUUUUUAGAUUGGGAGACAUUCAAAAAAUAAUAUUAUUAAUAAGAAAAUGUAUUAUAAACAUCUUUAAAAUUGUUAAAUGAAUAACAUAGUGAAAUUUCAAGAAAACUAAUUUAAUUAGAGUAAGUAAUAAUUAUAAGAAAAUAGUAAAUCAGAUCCAAUUUGUGAAGAAGAUGAAUAAGACAAUCGAAAAUAAUUUUAAUCUAUUGAUAUAAGAAAGUAUUAAGAUUAAGUCGAUGAUCUAAAUUACAUAAUGAAUACAAUGUCUAGAAUGCUUAACGACUAUACAAUAAGUGCAGAAGAAGUUUAAGCCAAACUUAAGAGUAAUAUGUUAAGGAGAUUCAAAGAAAUUCAUUAAGAGCAUGAGAAAGAACUUUUUAAAUUAAAAGUACUACUUGAAAGCAUAAAUAGUAAGCAAUGAAAACUAAUAUCUAAAAAUAUGAACUAUUUUAAGAAGCAAUCAAAAACCCAAAUAUAUCAGGAAAUUAAAAAUACAAAAGAGAUUACCAACUCAACGAUUUUAUUUCAAGAGGAGUUAAUUAAGCAUCUCAUGUACUUGAUAUGGCUUCAACCAUACAUUCAAGUCUUUCGGAUUAAGGUUAUAGAGUAUCUUCUAUUUAAAAUAAAGUCACUGAUUAUAUGGGUAUUUUGCAGUUUUAUUAUAAUUAUAGGAUAAUUUGAAGGAAUCAAUUAAUUGAUUAAUGGAAUACGUUAUCAUAAAAAUAAAGGUUAAUUUAUAUUGAUAGGCUUAAUUGUCUUUUUAGUUUCGAUAGUUUUAUUUAAAUUUAUGUGA